AUGGGCAAAAUCAAUCUCACAGCUCUUCGCGUGCGACAGACCGCGAUUAACCAAUUCGCCAGCGGAAAGAUCAGCAAGCUGCCACAAUGGGUCGAUGUUAUCCGUGAUAUUCCUCCUUCAGAAGCCUUGAUUCGCAACCGACCUCCGCAACAUCAGUUGGUCCGACAGCGGAUGAAGACAAUCCCUGGAUCCUCGCAGCCGCAGGUCGUGUUGGAGAUUCAAGAAAAACGCCGCCGAUCUAAGAAACCCAGCCGUCUUUUCCAACCUGUACAGCUGAAAUAUGAGGAGGAUGAGCUACGAACACAAUUCUUCAAGGACCACCCCUGGGAACUUGCCCGGCCUCGUGUUCUGAUUGAGAGUACUGGAAAGGACCAUGAGAACUACGACUGGAGCCGCCUCCGUCAGCCCGGAAAGAGAUUAGAUGGUGAAAGUGUGGUCCAACGACAACUUUGGCUCCUAAACAACGUGCCCGAUAUGACCAAGGAUGGAGCUUACGACAUUGCCCGCCGAGAAUUCUACCGCAUUCGUUUGCAAGAGGAUAUUGAGCGACGGGUUGCCGCCGAGGAAGCGGAGGCAUUUGGUGCCAACUUCGGACCCCGUUAUCUGGAUAUUGGUAUGGAAUUGGAGGAUAAGCAGCAUGAGAACUGGAAGGAAUGGGCCAAGACACAGGCUCAGAUUGUUGGACAGCGGGCUGCUGCUUUAUCUGGUGCUCCAGAACUUGCGACAGAGAACGACUUGGAGGCUCCUGCCAGUCUUGAAGGCGCAGAGGCUGAGCCGGCACAGUAG